CUCGCACGGGGAACAUCUCCGGCUGGCCUCGCGUGCUCUUGUGCGACUCGUUUGUCUCGUUACUUUUGUUGUGUCGUGCGACGUGUCGAACGCAGAUCUCAGCCGUGGACGCGCAAGGACGGUGAGAAAACUCGUACUCGGAGCGCCGGGAAUCCGACUAAAUGAGACUUUUCUGGGGUUAAUAGCGAAAAUUCCGUUCCUUCUCCUUCUUCCUCCCUUCUCCCUCCCUCUAUCGUCCCUUUUCUCUUCCCUUUUUCUCGAUUUCAACCCCCGUGUGCGCGAUCACGACGACCGCCAGUGGACAUGGAGACCGGAUUCUGGAAACUGGUUCUGUGCUGGAUAUUUAUCCUCGUCGCAGCUCGAGCGAACGUUCAGAGCAAAGUGAGAUGCUCCGAGCAGUGGAUGGAUGUCGACAUCGUGAGGAGCAGUCCACAGGCGAGUAUAUAUCUCCAGCAGCUGAAGGACUUUCCAGACGAGGCUUGCAAAGCCCGGCUGAGCAACGGCGUCGCCACGUUCCGAUUAUCGCUCCUGGAGGAGGACAUAUUACGAUGUGGUAUCACGAAAGUCGUGAACAAAGUCACGGGCCAGAAGGUAUACUUCCAUCGGAUAAUAGUCGAGGAGCCCGCUGAUUCGAGCAAGCACACGUUCACGGUGAAGUGUGUUAUCACCGAGGUCUUGGUGAAGCCCGGAAUCUCGAUCGCGUCCAAUCACACCACGGUUCGGCGCAGCGUGUUUCCAGCGGGCUUUCAGGAACCCGACAUGGUCGAGAUCAGAGGUGAAAUUUCCGAGUCAGCGCCAGUGCCCAUUUUAGGGGUUGGCGUCAGGCAAGGCGGUACUCUGGUCACCGGAGAGUUGAAUGUCAGUCCAGGCACGCCUCUGCAGAUGGAAAUCUUCUUGGACAACCACUCCGCACCUGUUUAUGGUCUGCUGGUCAGCUACAUGUUGGUUACUGACACAAAAUCGCAAGAAGAAACUAUCAUCAUUAACGGCUGCUCCGUGGAUCCCUAUCUCUUCGAGAACUUUAACACCGUGGACGGUGACUUCCUGACAGCGAAAUUCCGGGCAUUCAAGUUCCCGGAAAGCACAUACGUUCAGUUUCGUGGCACCGUAAACGUCUGUUUGGACAAGUGCCAAGGGAUCGAAUGCAGCAACGGCCAAGUAGGCUUUGGUAGAAAGAAGAGAGCCAUAGAAGUCUCAAGUACCGACAAGAACAAGAUCUUCGAGGUGACCAUGUCCACGUUCAUCAAGGUCGAUUUCGAAGAGGACGCCGUGGUCGACAAAGCUCUAUCAGAACUGUACAUCAGAAAGGGGAAGAACAGGACGAAAGCCAGGGCGGUGAUCGCGGAAGAGGUGAGGGAGCAGACAUCGCCGACGACGAUCAGGACAGAGGAAAGGGCUUUCAUAGCACAAGAAGUCAACGAACAGUUCAAGUACAAGGUCACGGAGACGGAGAUAAAUGGAUCCUCGUGUAGAACGAUGCCCUUCGCCAUCGUCCUUAUCCUUCUCUGCGUCUGCAAGCUCUUGUAGGAUCCGGAAGGGACGAACGAUCGCCAAUUGUAAAUAGAAAGCAGCUCGAGAGCCGGCGGAAUUCGGGUUACCACUGAGAAACAAAAAGGACCGAAUGCCUCGCCAGGCGUUAGUAUAAUUAUUUUCCUUUACGCGUAGGGAGAAACGGUGUGAUAUCGAAUCGAAACGGAUGUCGAUCUACUCCGAAAUACGCACACGGGUUACUUUUGAAUUCGGGUCGACGUACGUAAAUGUAACCGUGCUCAAAAGCAUUUCUCCGCUCUGCGACCGCCGGAAUUUUCGUUCCUGUCCCUUCGCGAGUAAUCCAGAUCCUUCCUUUUCCGCGCGUUAUUAGUUGCUCGCGAUCAAUUGCUUGAUAAUACAGUCGCUACACCGCCCGGAAGAAAAUUGGCCUUUGCGAGCGGAGAAUUCCGAGGACCUAGUCGCGCGACGAGCUAUAACAUCGCGCUACGACUUAAGCAAAUAUAGACGAUCACGAGGGUAAUUAAUUGCUGCUUUAAUCUUAAUUAUAACGAACCGACGCGCAAGUGUAAAAUAGCUAUUAAUAACGCGAGUGCGAACGCGACGAGCUCGUCCUUGUCUGUCGGGAAGGAGAAGAGACCGACAAUAAAAAUGCGCGUAGAAACAUAAAA